AUGCAUGUAUCUUUUUGAAUUAUGGCCUCCUAUACUCAAACAAAAGAUUGGUUUGCAUUAGCAAAACAAAGUCAGCAAACAAUAUCAACCUUUUCAUUACCUUCUUGUGUAUUCCACAACAAAAUUGGAUCACCAGUUAUUUCAUCUGUUUCUGAGAGUUUUAUCUUUGAUGAUGGAGUUCACCCCAGUACGAAAAAUAGCCCAUCUAUAACCACUAGGUUAAUUUCCGAAUUUGAAGAAGAUGUGCCUGUAUCUCUACAAGACACUCGUUCUCAAGCUCUUCUGAGGACAUACCUUGAAAAGCAACAGGAUGUUGAUGAAAGCCUGACAUUGCAUUUUUCAACAUGUGAAGAAUUUUUAAGAUCUUAUAUAAACUUUAUUUUGAGAGUGGCAAUUCAUCAAAUUCUUGGAGCACCACUUAGAGAAAGCCCAGAUUAUAUAAAUUUCAGAAAUGUAACAGAAGUGGUAUUUGAUGAGUGUUUGGGGACUACCUCUGGCAAGAAUGUUUUGCUGAGUGAAACGCGAAAGGAAAAGUUGGAAGACAUGUUAGCACAAGCAGUUUCAAAAACUGAGAGUGUUGGACUAGAAAGCCGGGCUAAUUGGUGUAUUUCUCACAAAACUUAUGACAUUGGCAAUAGAAAGGAGUUCGAAAGAUUUAAGAAAUUUAUAAAAGGUACAUUAGGGGAGAGAUACUGGUUGCUCUGGAUGGAUAUUGAGAGGUUAAAAGUUCUUAAGGAUCCUGGAAGACAUCAAAGACAUAUUGAGAAGAUGAAAAAAUGCUAUCUAGUGAGCAGUGGAGACUGCUACCUUUCUGCAGAAAUCUUAUCAAAAUUUAAACUGCUAGUUGGAACUCAGUGGAAUGAAGAACACUUAAAAAAUAUUCAGACUGAGGUUGUAAAACCCUUACUUCUUUAUUGGGCACCAAGAUUCUGUGUUACUCAUUCAUCCUCAACAAAACAUGCUAGUGCUGAACUGAAAUUCUGGCACCUUCGUCAAGAGAAACCAAGGAAGGAUGUUGACCCUUUUCCACAAAUGGCAACCCUCUUGCCAUUAAGACCUAAAUCUUGCAUUCCACAGAUACCUGAGAUGCAGAAAGAAGAAUCCAGUUUAUUACAACUUUCUAAAUCUCCCAAAAAACCACCUAGAGUAAAAACAGCAAUUCAAAAACCUUGGAAGAGUGAGUCUUUGAAUCCAGUUUCUUCUAAGGAUGAUGUGAUUAAGAAAGGGUCAAGACACAUGUCAGAAAGCAGCAAAGUUAUUUGUUUAACAUCUUUUACUGACAUUUCUGAAUGUCUGAAGCCCCAGCUGGGUAGAAGAUAUACUUAUACAGAAGAACCUGUGAUUAAAACCAUGGCAGAUGGUGCCUUGGGAGGAUUUCACAUGGAAAAUUUGUUGCAAUCUUUGUAUGUAGAAAAUAGAGCUGGAUUCUUUUUUACUAAAUUCUGUGAGAACUCAGGGAACAAGUUGUGGAAGAACAGUGUGUACUUUUGGUUUGACCUACAAGCUUAUCAUCAGCUUUUCUAUCAAGAAACAAUUCACCCUUUUAAAGUAUGCAAGCAAGCUCAAUAUCUUUUUGCCACAUACAUUGCUCCUUCAGCCACUCUUGACAUUGGACUCCAACAGGAAAAGAAAAAAGAAAUUUAUAUGAAAAUACAGCCGCCAUUUGAAGACCUUUUCGACACAGCAGAAGAAUAUAUUCUUCUCCUCCUUCUUGAGCCUUGGACAAAGAUGGUAAAAUCAGACCAAGUUGCUUACAGAAAGGUGGAGCUGGUGGAGGAGACUCGACAGCUAGAUUCCACUUACUUCAGAAAGCUACAGGCUUUGCAUAAAGAGAGAGUUUCCAAGAAGGCUGAGGACACUACUUGUGAAAUUGGAUCUGGUAUUUCACCACUUCCUCAUGUCUCUAAACAAACAGAAUACUGGAAUAAUGUUCCUGCAGAAUAUAGGCAUUUUAAUUUUAAUGAUCUGCUUAACAACAAACUGGAGUUUGAACAUUUCCAUCAGUUUCUUGAGGCUCAUUCUUCAAGCAUGGACCUUAUGUGCUGGACAGACAUUGAACAGUUCCGAAGAAUGACUUACAGAGAUCGAAAGCAAAGGGAGGCAAAAUAUAUGUACAUUAAAAACAAGUACCUUAAUAAAAAAUAUUUCUUUGGACCCAAUAGUCCAGCUUCUCUAUAUCAACAGGACCAGAUAAUGCAUUUAAGUGGUGGCUGGGGAAAGAUUCUCCAUGAGCAGCUUGAUGAAGCUGUUCUAAUUGAAAUUCAGAAGCAUGUCCUAAAUAGGCUAGAAAAUGUGUGGUUGCCAUUGUUUCUUGCAAGUGAACAGUUUGCAGCACGUCAAAAGAUAAAGGUACAGAUGAGAGACAUAGCUGAAGAGCUUUUACUACAGAAGCCUGAAAGGAAAAUUGGAGUCUGGAAGCCUGUGGAGAGUAAGUGGAUUUCGUCAUCUUGUGAAAUCAUUGCUUUCCGUAAAGCAUUAUUGAAUCCAAUUACUGCAAGACAGUUUCAGCGGUUUGUGGCUCUAAAAGGAGAUUUAUUGGAAAAUGGGGUGCUCUUUUGGCAAGAAGUACAAAAGUAUAAGGACUUGUGCCAUUCUCAUUGUAAGGAGUCCCUCAUCCACAAGAAGAUCAUGACUAUUAUCAACUGCUUUAUUAAUUCCAGUAUUCCACCAGCUUUACAAAUUGACAUUCCAUUACAGCAGGCCCAGAAGAUUAUUGAACACAAGAAGGAGUUGGGACCAUAUGUAUUUAGAGAGGCACAGAUGACAAUUUUUGGAGUUCUGUUUAAAUUUUGGCCUCAGUUUUGUGAGUUUAGGAAGAACUUAACUGAUGAAAAAAUUAUGAAUGUUUUGGAGAGAAAACAAGAAUGUAGUAAGCAGAAAAAAAAAUUGGUAGUCACAGAAGAUGAAGAAUUUGCAAAGGAUGGAAUCAAACAAUAUCCAAGUACUUCAGGAUGCACUAUCAAAACAACUACUUUACUCAGUGACCCAGGUUUAGGCCUGCAAGCAUACGGCCGACUGCCAACCUGGUGCUACUCAAAGUACAUAGAAGCCUUAGAACAGGAAAGGAUUCUUCUUAAAAUUCAAGAAGAACUAGAAAGAAAGGUGUUUGCAGCUGCACCAUCUUUUACAAAUUUCAAGUCUACUGCUUCUGCUAUGUCUUUGAAAAAGACCAUAUCUUCGCGCAACAUCCAGAGAAUUCUUUAAACCAAAUUUAACUAACAUGGGAGCUCAAGUGAGUUUUUGACAGUCUGCUUUAGAGCAAGCCUAUCAUCUAAAUAAAGUUUAGCUUGUUUUACUUCCACAGUUUGAAAAUGAUGUCUCUUCUGUACACACGACAUACAAGACUAUAAAAAUUUUUAAACUUAUUUAGGAUAAAGUGAAUUCUAUCUAGGUUAGAAGAAUCAAAAUGUUUUGCUUAUCACCCACGUUAAGGAACUAUGUUUUGCUCCUCAAGUAGUCUUUCAACAGAUAUUCCUUGAG